UACCCAAACUAAAGUUUAGGCCAAUUCAAAGCAAUAAACAACUCUCCUAUAUAAUUAUGGUACUGGGGACGAUUUCAUUUAUAAGUGAUGGACGCACAUUAACAUUAGCGUAUAGAAUAAAGUCAAAUUUGAACUCUUAUCUACUAUAGUGGUUUUCUUAUAAAGGAGUUUCUGAUAAUAAAAUCCUUCAUUCCCCUUCCCUUUUGGAUACACGCCAACGUAUAAGGUGGUAGCAAAUUCCAUUCAUAACAUGGGUCUGCUUGGAAAAAGCUUCACUUCCAAAUUCAAAAGCAUCACCACACUUGCUGUUUCUAGGAUUGUUAUCUUGAAGAACCAGCACAAAGCUCGAGCCACUUAUGCUCGCUCUGAUGUUGCUCAACUCUUGAACCUUGGUUACCAUGAUCGUGCUUUACUUCGUGUGGAGCAAUGGAUAAUAGAACAAAACAUGUUGGAAGUAUUUGCUAUGAUAGAAAGUUAUUGCAGUUUCCUUAGAGAAAGAGCUGAAGUUCUUGAAAAGAACAAGGAGUGCCCCGUUGAGCUCAAGGAAGCAACAUCUAGCCUUAUCUUUGCAUCUUCAAGGUGUGGAGAAUUUCCAGAGCUGCACAAGAUACGAGAGAUUUUAACAUCAAAGUUUGGGAAAGAACUUGCAGAUCAUGCUGUUGAGUUGCACAGAAAUAAUAGAGUGAACUCUAAGAUGAUACAAAAGCUUUCACCGAAACGCCCCACCAUGGAAAUCAAAAUGAAAGCUCUGAAGCAAAUUGCUUCAGAAGUUGGAGUUACUUUGAGUUCGGAGCAGGACAUUAUAUUGAUCAAGGAGGACAAGUUGAAUGUUGACCAAAGGCAAAAUGAACCUGAAACCAGAAAAAGUAGUGUUGAUGAUCAUAACCAUAAAGAAAAUAUCCAAAAUAAUCCUGCAAAAACAGCUGCUUCUGUUGCUGAAAAAGCCUUAAGAUCAGAACCUUCUGAAGACAGUAAACACUCAAAUCAUAGGGUUGCUCAUGGCAAGAUGCAUGUGGAUCCCAUGGUGAGCUCUAGUUCUAAACAAGAGGAUGAAGUCAUAUCAAAAAGCAACCACGCUAUUGAAUUCAAAGCAUUGGAAAGGAGGGUAAUUUCCAAGGAACACGUGGAGGAAGCAAAUAGAAAGGGCAACAUGGUCAGUGAGUUGGUCUCAGCCAAGAGCUUAUUGGAUAACAAUGAUCACAACAAUAAGUCUGAUGAAGCUACGGAAAAUGAACAUUUCAGUGAAGAAAGAGUCGACCCUUCUUCCCAUGCUAUAAGAUGGAAUGCACAGAGAUCUCAACCUGAUCCCACUUCAAAUCCCGUGGUAAGAAGUCAUGCGAUGGAAACUAAGGGUCCAACACAUUUUCCAAAAGAGAUACAUACAAAUCAUGAACAUUUGGACUGGAAGAUGAUGUCAGUGAGGACUAGAUGAACACAAAGACGAACAAAAAAGUGUUCUUCAAAAGUGUACAAAAUGUAAAGCCCCAAAAUAAUUUAGCUCUUGAAAUUAAAAAAAGUAUAAAAAAAAAAAAAUCAAUUUGCAAAAAUUUUACCAGAAUAUGUAAAAUCCAAU